AUGAGCCAUUUAUCAGACGAAGAUGAUGAGUUUUUAUACGGAAAUUCUGACGCAUUGGACACCAAGAAGACGAAGAAUCCAUUGGAUACCAAGACAAAUGAUGAUGUUGACGAUCUGUAUGAUAUAUAUGACGAUGAAAACGAUGCUAAGGAAAAAGAGAAGGCCGAGACAAAUGCAGCCGAACAUACAAACAAGGCAGAUGCUGAUAGCGAAAUGGUAGAUACGACAGAUGCAGGAUCAGCAGCAGCGUCUGCGCAAGUAGAUAAGGAUGGCGAUGAAAACAACGAUCAAGAGGAAGAGGAAGACAGUGACGAUGAUCUAGAGAUUAUCCUGGAACCUGAGGAAGAACCUCAACAAGAGACCGAAACAGAGCAAGCACAAGGAGAGCAAGCUACCACAACAAACGAAACCAAAGAUACACCUGUAAAUAUCAAACCCGGUCAACAAGGCAAACCUUCAUCAGCGCCCACUACAUCUACAUCCACCGUCAACGCCACAGGAGCCAAAACAUCACAGGGUGGAAUCAACUUGGAAGCAGUAGGAGAAUACAAUGGUCAACCUAUCACUGAUGUCGAUCUUGACAAUGUAGAGGAUAAACCCUGGCGUAAACCAGGUGCUGAUAUCACUGAUUAUUUCAACUAUGGCUUCAAUGAAAUUACAUGGCGAUCUUACUGUGCAAAGCAAAAGAUGUUGAGAGAGAACAAAAAGAUGAUGGGAGAUAUGGAUAUAGGCGAUUUCAUGUCCAUGAGUAUGAUGAUGCCUCCUGGCAUGAUGGACGGUACAAUGCCUGGUAUGCCUGGCAUGCCUCCAGGAAUGCCCAACCCAAUGAUGGGCUUGCCAAUGGGUAUGCCUCCUCCACCUCAAGGCGGAAACCCCUCUAUGAGAAACAACCGUGGCGGAGGAAAUUUCAAUGCAAGAGGUACAGGUAGAAAUAUGCCCAUGAGCAAUCGACCCAAGAACCCAGAUGGCGGCAAAGAUCGUGAAGGUGGCAGUGGUAGUGGCAAUAACAAUGACAUGAUGGAAGGCAACAUGACUAUGGAAGAUGGCAACAUGUUUCCUAUGGAGUUUCCUACAGGACCUGGUGGCAUGCCCAUGAACAUGUUCCCUCCUGAUAUGCCUGGAGGGCCCAUGGGUAUGCCCUUUUUCAACCCAAAUAUGCCUGGUGUGCCUCCCAUGGGAUUCGAUGGUGGUGAUUUUAGAGGAAAUGGUGGAAAUAAUCCAGGACGCCCCAACAUGAGAGGUGGUGGACACAUGAACAACAGAUCUUCUAUGCCUCGUAACGGAGGCCAUGGUGGAAGUAAUCAGUCGUCAUCCUCUGCAUCCAACUGGCGAAACUCGUCCUCUUCUGGAAGAGAUCGAGACAGAGACAGCGGCCGUGAUGGUGGUCGAGAUGGCGGUCGUGAUAGAGACGAAAGUCGAGAUCGUGGCAGAGACAGUGGUCGUGAUAGAGGAAGAGGAAGAGAUCGUGAUGAAUCUGGUGAUCAUCGCUCAGACUCACGGAAGAGACAUCAAAGUGAUAGAGACACAUCCUUGCAUGGUGAUGAUCGAUACGAAAAAAGAUCUCGUCGUUAA